AUGGAGUCCAAACUUCACCCUGUCCUUACCGUUUCUAACAUCAAAACACACGUUCCCAUUAUCUUGAAAAAAGACUCAACACGUUAUACCACUUGGAAAACCCUCUUCAAGGUGCACUGUCAAAUCUACGAAGUGCUCGACCACUUAUCUCCCAAACAACCUGCUAUCAAACCCGCCAUUGAAUAUUCUGAUGCAACGGCUGCCGCCAAAGCCGAGGCUGCCGCUCGUGCGGCUGACACCCUGUGGACCCAACUGGACGUUGUGGUUCUGCAGUGGAUAUACGCCACCAUCUCUGCGCCUAUUCUACACAUCAUCUUGCAACCGGGUCAGACAGCUCAUGAUGCUUGGAUUGCCGUUAAGAGUGAAUUUAGUGACAACAAAAAUACUUGA